AGAGCCAGCCAGUGGUGGUGUUGGCAACAGUGUCGUCAGCUGGUGCCGUGAGCCAGGCACCGCCGCCGCCGCCGUCAGGAUGUCUCACCUCGUCACCAGGGCCACCACACACAGCCAGCGGGUCUGCUCCCUGUACAAGCGGGCACUCAGGAACACCGAGGCGUGGUAUGACCAACGGCCCUUGUACCGGUACCGUGCUGUCCUCCUGAGGGCAAGAUUUGAUGAGAACAAGGACAUCAAGGACAUGAGAGUGGCACAGCAGCUUCUGGAUGAGGGGGAGAAGGAACUGUUCAGCCUCAUCCACUACCAACCACGCCAGUUCGCCAACUCUCCCGGUGGUGUUGCUUAUGGGCGAGAGGUGGUUCCCCCAGACUGGGUGCUGGACCACUGGCACCCCAUGGAGAAGGCACAGUACCCAGAAUACUUUGCCAGGCGGGAGCAGCGUAAGAAGGAGUAUAUUGAGUGGUGGGAGAAGACCUACGGCAAGCCGGCUGAGCCAGCACACUGAUUGUGGCGGCACAUUUGUUGUGUGCACUGUGUAAAUACAUGUAUUGGUAAUUACAUUUUGUAGUAUUUUAUUGAUGGCCACCAGUCUUAGUCAUCUUCACAUAUUUUAUUGAUAAUAAAGCCCAUAAGAAAGGCC